AUUAACUUAAUGCGAGAUCAUUUUUAAAAAAUUAGCCUUUACUCAUCUCAUGUGGCGUCUCUGGUGACUUGACACCUUGUGAAGUAACCCUGGAUGUCAUCCCCACCCUUAAACAACAGAUCUAGGCCUACUACAAUUUAAAAAUAAAGUUCUUGUUGAAGAUGGAAGAAGAAACCAGAAGCCUGAGAGUGACAGAACUUCCCCCUGAUGUUACCACAGACCAGCUCAAGUUUUUAUUUAAAAACCAGUGGAGCCAGGGUGGUGGCCCUGUUGAAAACAUCACAUUAGAUGAAGCUACACGUUCUGCUAUUGUUGUGUUUGAAGAAAGUGAAGCUGUAAAAAUAAUUAUUAAACGUGGAAACUCUGUUAAUAUUGGAAAGUCUUCUGUAAGAGUGGAGCCUUAUUAUGAAAACAGAGGAGCAACUGUUGAUUCUGGUGCAAGUAACACUAAUAUGAAGGCUUUUAAAAAACAAGAAAAAUCUAUUGCAUCCAAUAAAAUUAUUUUACCUGCAACAGAUUCUGAUACUAGUGAGGAAUUUUAUGACACAUUUUCUGAACAUCAAACAAGUCAGCAACACAUGUCUUACUCAAAAACAACGUCAAAGCCAGUUCAGAUUACUCCAAACAUUGGAAAACAAGCUGAGAAAAAUAUAAAAAAGCCCAGUGACUGUUUUAACAAACCACAACACAAUAAAAUUUCAGAAAAUGAUAAAACAAAAACAAGGCUAGGCAAUGAAGAUAAUGAACUCGCGGAACAAUUAUUUUCUGAAACCACCAACCUGUCAAAGAUGGCAGAAACUACAGUCAGAAUUUCCCUAACUGAUGUAACUAAGCCUAAAGAAUUCUAUAUAUCAUUGUUAGAAAGUAAAAGAGGUUAUUUUGGGCCCUACUGUAAAAAUCUAAUGAUUCUGGAUGGGAUGAGAAGAUUUUUAUACAUCACCUUUAAUAAUAUACAAGAUGCAAAAAAGUUUUGUGAAAAGAAAUAUGAUUCCGCCAAUAUUUUUGUAUCUACUGCAAUGGCCAGUGCUUCAGAUUUAGAUGUGUAUGGCAACCUUAUUGCGAUACAUGCCAGUCGUCCUAUAACAGAGAUAAACAAACUGAAGCAACACCUGAAAAAAGUAUCUGGUUUUGAAGUAAUAAAAACAUACCAGUAUAAUGAAGAGAGAUCAAUAAUUAUAGAAUUCUCUGCAGAGAAGUGUCUAAAAGAAAACAUACCAGCAAUGACAUGGAAAUGUGCUGGUGACUUCAUGGAUCAGUACCUCAUCUGUGCUCCAGUACAGAAAACCAGGAUGAUCUUAGUUGAAGGAAUUGAGAAGAUUUCAGAUGAAACACUGAAAAGGUAUAUUAACAACAGUCGAAGUGGAGGAUGCUCUGGAAUGGUUGAAAGUUGGGAAAGAAAAAAUAUGAAUUCUUCCAUAAUAACUCUAAGGAGUGUUGAAGCUACUUACAGCAUUACAAAUAAAUCAGAACACACACUGGAAAAUAAAAUACUUAAAGUUACACAUUACUUUCCUUGUCUGAGCAAAGAAUUUUACCAAGAACAUUUUGAAGUGACCAUUAAAGAUUCAACUAAAAAUUCUCAAACACAGCAAGAGGCUGCUUUAUAUAAGAAAGGAGACAGGAAACAACUGGCUAGUAACUACAGCUCCAAAAGAGGAGCUUCAGUGAAAGUUGAUAGCGAUUCCUCCAAUGAAUACACGAAUGAAAGUGAUACUUCUUCAGAUGAUUCAAUUAAACCAGCAUUGCAGAACCUGAAUGUAGAGUCAGACUCAGAUGAUGAAGAGGGAAUAGGUUUUAAAACAAGUUUUAUGAUAUCAGAAAAAUUAAAUAGAUCAAAGAAUCAAUCAAGUUUAAAUGAGAAAAUAUUUAAAAAUAAAGUAGAUUUUAGUGAUGAUAGUGAUGAUGACAGUGAUCAAAACCAGCAGUUGGAAGAAGAUGGCACAGAAAGUGAUGAUGUAGAUUUUUCAGACAGUGAUUCUAGCGAUGAAAGUGAAACAGACAAAAAACAAAUUGUUAAGCCUUUGAAAGUUACUAAAGAAAGACAAACAUCUGAUAGUUCUGAUGAUACUGAAAUAGUAGAAGUAGAAGACAAGGAUAAACAAAUUGCAUUGUUGAAACAACAAAUAACUGAACAAAAAAAUAUAAUUGAACAGCUAUCAGAAAAAAUUAAACAAUUGGAGGAAUCAAAAAUUUUUAAAGUAAGACAGGAAAUGCAAGAGCAUGAGUAUGAAAUGUUGGCUCAUUAUUUUGGUAAACAAGGAAGUGUCAGUGUUAACUUUAACAAGAUAAAGAAAUUAGCAACACUUAAAGGUCAAGAAAGUGAGGUCAACACGCUUCUGUGUAAACUGCUUACAGAACUCAAUCAAUUAGAAAAAGCUGAGUUAAAACUAUCCACUGCAAUGGUCUCCAUUCUUUCAAAGGAAAAGGGGAAAGCAUUUAUAAAAAAUUUCAUUGACAGUAUAGCUAAGAAAAGUAGAGUUACUUUUACAAUGGAUCAAAGUAAUAUUUAUCUGGCCUCAAAAGAUGACAAAAUGUUGAAUGAGGUGAAAGGUCAGUUGCAAAGAAAGUUGAAUUACAAAGACACUGCAGUGUCAAGUACAGAGCUGUCAUUGGAAAAACUUUUUAUGCUCAAAUAUAAUUUAGAAAAUGAGUUACUUAUUUGUUUGUCAUGGAAAGAGGAUUUGAAAGAAAUCUAUGCGGAGGGCGUAGAAGAUGAUGUCAUUUCUUCUAAACGAGACAUAAAUGAAUUGAUUGGUUCACAUUUGAUACAUGAAAAAGUUUACACAAUGAAUGACUUAGUGGCACAAUUUACACAAAAACACCUGCAGCCAAAGGUAACCUCAAUUGUAAGUAAAGUGGAGUGCGAAACAAAAGAUUAUAAAACCUAUACAUUUAAAGGAGAUAAUAAUUCAGUCCGUAUUGUAUAUGGUGCUUUCAGGGAUAUUGUUGAAAAUAUUGUCACACAGACAUGGGAUCUCAGAAAGGUUUAUUUAAAUAGUGAUAUGGAUCUUUGGCUUCUCUUUAAAGGUUUGAAUGAAGAAAUGGUCAAAGAAAAAAUAGACCAAAUUGAAAUAAAAGAAAAGUGCCUUAUUAGAAUAAAUCUUCCUGUUGCAAAUACUUUUACAAGAAAUGUGGAUAAUGCCACAGCUAAGGCAAACAGUACCAGCACUAAAGCUAUAAAAAAUAUUGGCCAACUAAACAUUAAGAUAGGAAACAUUGUGGAAGACAGCUCAGAUAUUCUAGUUUGUGUGUUAGACAACCAUAUCAAGCUAUCAAGAACAGGUAUAGGGAAAGCCUUUCUGAAGGCUUGUCCUGCAUUGAAGGACAAACUAGAAACUGCUAAACAACAAAAUCCAAAGUCUACAGUCAUAACAACAAUGGGACCAUUUACAGCUGGUUUAACAUGUAAAGCUGUUUGUAGCAUUGUCGUCACUAGAUGGGAUAAAAGCCACUCAAAACAUGAACUUAAAGAAUGGGUGAAUACAAUUAUGAAAAAGGCAAUGGAAAUAGGUGCCAAGUCUAUUUCCUUCCCACCCAUUGGCUGUGGCCAGGCAUUUAAAUUUCCUUUAGAAAAACUUGGUAAGACAAUGUUGAAAUCUGCAUACAAGUUUUUCUCAUCUAAUCCAGGAGCCCCUAGAAUUAAUAUUGUAGUUAGUUGUAAAGAUGAUGCUCAAGUGCUUAUUAAAAUGAAUGAACAUUAUGUAAAAUCAGCUGAAUCAGUAUCCAUUAAAAAAGGGGAUAACAAUGAUUAUGAACAUGUACACUCUGUGCAGUUAGUCAGUGGAGUUAAAUUUGAGUUAUCCAUAACAGCUGAAAAAGAAACAAACAAGAGUGUCAUUUUUGCAAAACUGUCUGAGUAUUUUAACAACCAGUGUUUACAUACAGCUGAAGUGAAGGAUAAUACACUACCUGUCUGGCCAAGUACAUUACAAAAGAGAAUAGAAGAAAAGGCUGAAAAUUCUUCAGUGCAUGUUAGUUUUUCAUCAGAUGAAAAUGAAAUAAAAUGUUGCCUGAAAGGCUUCAAGCAAAAUGUUGAAGUUCUAGAAAAGUUUGCAAUGAAUGAAAUUCAUGAGGUUGUAAAAAACUUUCCAAGGAAAUCAAUUAAAGCAAGUAAUACACCUCCAAGGGGUUCAAUUGAAUUUAUCAAAUAUGCUUCUAAAAUAAAUGAAACCUGCCCAACCUAUUGGAAGGUGUACUCAGACAAAAGAUAUUGGAAGAAUGUUGUUGACAGAAAUGAAGAAAGACCAGCUAGUGGACAAAGUAAAACAUUCCUGAUACCAGUGGAUGCUAAAACAAAGAAGGCUGUAAUAGAUUUAGUUCAGAAAACUUGGGAACCAAAUUUAGUUGGAACUGGAGCAGAUGCUAAAGGUCUGGUACCAAACACAACUAUUGAAGUCUUAGAUGUACAGAGAGUUGAGAAUAUACAUCUGUUUGAUCCCUAUGCUAAUGAACGCAAAAAGCUCUUUCAAAAGAUGGUUGAAAAUGAAAAAGUUUGUGAUGAUUUUGGUAUUACUUUACCUAGCAAGCAGCUAAAGACAACUGAGUUUUUGGAAAGUUUUAUGAAGGAAGAAUUGUAUUCAGAGAUCAAUGAACAUUAUUUAUUUCAUGGAACUAAACCAGAAUUUGUGGCAACAUUAACCAAACAAGGCCUCGACCCUAAACUUUGUACACAUGGAAUGUUGGGGAAAGGUGUGUAUUUGGCUGAAAAGUCUACCAAAUCUGAUCAAUAUGCAGAUCCAAAGCCAAAAGCUGCUAAUCAGCCACGUAGUGCUCCAGGGACUAAGCUUUACCUUUUCCUGUUGAGAGCAGUGUUGGGAAACACAUAUGUGGUCCAUAGAGAUCAUCCCAGAGUGGUUAGAGGAGCUGAAAGAUUUGCUAGACCACCUUGUAUGGAAUGUCAAGAUGAAAAAUGCAGUAAAGAUCAUGUGUUUUAUGAUUCUAUCACACUGGAUGGGGGAGGCUCAACAGUUUCACUAUACAGAGAGUUUGUUGUAUACUCUGAAAGGUGCUGCUAUCCUGAAUAUUUAAUCACAUAUAAACGAGUUCCACCUAAAUAAAAUUGUUAAACAUUAUGCAUUUUUCAAAUGUUUAUAGAUACUAUUAAAAAAAAAUAAAAAAAACAAUUUUUAAAUACACUUAUCCUCAAUAAAAAUACUUUGUAAAACAGUUAUACAAUUUUUAAAAAUGCUUAGUUCAUUCCAAACUUUGAAUAAGUUUUGAUUUUAUUUUUGGUAAUAAAUAAGAAAUUCAUGUUGCAUUUGUAUUACAUUUAUAAUUGUAGUUAAAAAUAUAAUGAAUAUUCUUAUUAUUGUUCAUUCUUAAUUGCAAUGUUGGAUGAGAUUUCCUUAUGCAGAAUUAAGAAUUGUGUGUCAUUAAACUUUAAAGAAAUAAAUAAUGUAGAUUUUAUAUAUAUUGAUUCUGGUUUACUGUAAUUCAAAUCAAAGUGACAAGAAAUGUGAUUACUUUUUAAAAUAGAUUUAAUAUGUUGCUGUAACUCUUUAAGAUAUCUAUGCAAAUUUUAUUGGUUGGUGUAUAAAAUUGUGAGUCUAUUUAAUUAAAAAUGUAAUCUCUUUUGUGUUAGCUGUGUUCUGUACAAAAUUAACCCAUUGUUUUUGUGACCUAACUUUGGUAUGAUUGUUAUUAAGCGUCUUUUAGAUAUUGUCUUUUAUUUGGCAUUCUAUUAAAAUAUACAUUUUAUUGAUGUAUAAUAUCUGGAAAGUUAAUAUGCGCCAAAACAAAUCAUUUUUAAAAAAGUCAUUAUAGGCCUAAUAGUUAAAACACAAAAACCAGCUUGUUUAGAAGUUUGAUUUCCCAGGUUACAAGUUAAUGUGAAUAAAGUUGUCUAUCAUCAUUUCGCCAUGCUGUUUUGGAAGUUUCAAAUAUCAGCUGAUUUGAAUUUUUUUCAGAAUAGUUAUUUAAUCAUGCUUAUUGAUAUUUUUAUUAUACUAAACUUAAAAAGGUAUUUUUUUCAGAUUAAUAAAAAAUUAAUUGCCAUUUAAAUAAGAGUUUUAGAAGGUAAGAAAGGUGAUCUAAUAGUGGGUUUUUAUUUUCAAAUCAUGGCUUCCAAUCAAAUUUUUAAAUUUAUUUUGCUGGUGUUUGCUUUCUCAGACGCUGACACAGCUUUAGUAAUAAAGUCUAGCUAUGUAAGUUCAGAUUUUUUUGUUCUUACUACCAACUCUGUGCCAAAGGCGUAGCGACCCUUCCCGGCGCCCGGGGACAAACUUUCAAU